AUGGGCAGCUGGACGUGGGCUGUCUGCAUCCUCUGCUUGCUGAGCCCAGUACCACUCGUGCUGGGCCAUGUGCACCCAGAGUGUGACUUCAUCACCCAGUUGAGAAAGGAUGAGAGGUCAUGUCUACAAGUAGCAGAAGGGAUGCCUAACACCACCCUGGGCUGCCCUAGGACCUGGGAUGGGCUGCUCUGCUGGCCAAUGGUAGGGUCUGGUGAGUGGGUGACUCUCCCCUGCCCAGAUUUCUUCUCUCACUUCAGCUCAGAGCCAGGAGCCGUGAAGCGGGAUUGCACUGUCAUGGGCUGGUCGGAGCCCUUCCCACCUUACCCUGUGGCCUGCCCUGUGCCCCUAGAACUGCUGACUGAGGAGAAAUCCUACUUCUCCACAGUGAAGAUCAUCUAUACCUUGGGCCAUAGCAUCUCGGCCGUGACCCUCUUCGUGGCUAUUGCCAUCCUGCUGGCUCUCAGGCGGCUCCACUGUCCCCGGAACUACAUUCACACCCAACUCUUCGCCACCUUUAUCCUCAAGGCGGGAGCCGUGUUCCUGAAGGAUGCCACCCUCUUCCACGGCGAGAACACGGAUCACUGCAGCUUCUCUACUGUUCUGUGCAAGGUCUCCGUGGCCACCUCCCAUUUUGCCACCAUGACCAACUUCAGCUGGCUGUUGGUGGAAGCUGUGUACCUGACCUGCCUCUUAACUUCCAAGUCACCCAGCACAAGGAGGGCCUUCUGGUGGCUGGUUCUUGCUGGCUGGGGGCUCCCCCUACUCUUUGCUGGCAUGUGGGUGUGUUGCAAGGUGGCCUUUGAGGACGUUGCGUGCUGGGACCUAGAUGACAGCUCCCCUUACUGGUGGAUCAUCAAGGGGCCCAUCGUCCUCUCUGUUGGGGUGAACUUUGGGCUUUUUCUCAAUAUUGUCCGCAUCCUGCUGAGGAAACUGGAGCCAGCUCAGGGCAGCCUCCACCCCCAGUCUCAGUACUGGCGUCUGUCUAAGUCAACACUUCUUCUCAUCCCGCUGUUUGGAAUUCACUAUGUCAUCUUCAACUUUCUGCCUGAUAGUGCCGGCCUGGGCAUCCGCCUCCCCCUGGAAUUAGGACUGGGCUCCUUCCAGGGCUUCAUCGUUGCCAUCCUGUAUUGCUUCCUCAAUCAAGAGGUGAGGACUGAGAUCUCACGGAGGUGGCAUGGCCAUGACCCUGAGCUGCUGCUAGCCCGGAGGGCCCUCACCAAGUGGACGACGCCUUCCCGCUCUAGGGUGAAGGCGUUGACAUCCGCCUGUUAG